AUGCUCCGGUUCGGCGGCAGGAUGUUUGGCUUCUCGGCCCUGCUCUCGCUUCUCCUCGCGGGGCUCGUGGUAGCCUCCUCGGAUCUGUUUGAUAACCAACUGGGCGACAUCAACUACUGCAAAAAGCAGUGCCAGAUCACCGUCAAAAACAAAAGCCCCGCUAAGUCCGGGUCCGCGUCCAGAAAACGGGAAGGCGCGUGCGUGGUGGCGGUGGUGAUGAUGAUGGUGCGCGUGACGCACGCACGCACGCACGCGCGGAGAGGAGGCAGAUGA